GAUCAAUGCCGUAUACUGGCAUUUCCAUCCACUUUGUUCUUCGUGGGAGAACGUCUUGUUAACCAUACCAUAGCAAACAUCAGUGUGAUUGACAGGGACACGUGUGAAUAUCGUUGCUACUUGGACCACAACUGCGUCAGUGUUAACUUUUAUUUUGGAGAAAAAGGAGAAAAAUCACACAACUGUGAACUGAAUAACUCAACGGGUAAAGAGUAUGAAAAGAAUCUAGUGAAAGCAGCGAACUAUGUAUACCACGGAACUAAGGUACCAGUCGUUAAAUGUCAAUUGCGCAACUCUCUCUUGUUCAAUUCAUUAGAGCUAGAGGGUUACCCUUUAUAUUCAUGUCUGUGAAACGCCACUUAUUCAAUAUUAAUUAUUUUUACAUAAAUUUUAGACAAAUGCUGAUGUCGUUACGGAUCUUUUGUAGAUAAGCACUUACAAAAAUCAAAAGUCCCAUGAGUGCCUUGAGGACACCCAACUCUAUAAAUGAAAGCAUGUAAUUUUAUUAGUCAUUUCAGAACGUUGGUCACCGGCUUAGAAUAGACAAUUGAUCGCUAUUUUUCAUGCAAUAAAGAAUGCACAACUACGAACCACUCAUGUUCAUUCAUCUUAAAUAUUUUUCGUGGCCAAGAAUAAAUUGAAUGGCCUUUCGAAUGCAUUUUUACAAAAGGUAAUUGAAUUCAAUUGGUUUUCAGGCAUGAAUGUACCAGGUUAAAUAAUCGAAAUAAUUAGAUACCUCUCAUGGCUAAAGAGCACGUACGACUAUGGCUAUAACGAUACAGUUGAGCUAUGACCGGGGUUACGAGUACUGCUUUUGUGAAAGAUAAUUUACUCUGUAAUAGCCUAUCUUUAGACGCCCCCUCUCGAGUUUUCAGAGUGAUGGGAGUGACUUAACAAAGACUUUUUGAAUUUCUUUCUCCACCAAGUUGUGUUCAGGUUCUCGGCGAAGUGUCGAAAACGGCUAUCAAGAUUUUAAACAGUUAAUUGCGACAUCCCGUCCAAGGGAGUGACAAUUCUUCUUGUCGCCUCAUGCUGAAAAUGUGGUAUAUUUAACUCUGGAAAUUAUGCAAUAUGUCUAAAGCAGAAUUUUCUUUUAACGCCCGUGACAUGUUCAUUUCCGUUUCUGUUUUUUGUUUGUUUGUUUGUUUAUUUUUGUUGAAGAAUUUUUGCGCUCAAUCUCCAUGCGAGAACUACGGCACCUGUCAGUCGGGAUUUACAGGAAAACGAUAUCGAUGUUUAUGUGCUUCUGGAUUUACUGGCCACGACUGUGAAAAAGGUAACGCUUAAAAUCAGAGAAAUCGAUUCUUUUUUAUUUUUUUAUUUUAACGUGGUAGUCCAUUGUUUCAGAGGGUCCAAGAUUCAGAAGCGGUUGUACUUAUGACAAAUUAAAUGUGGCCCAUUGUGGUGGAAAACAAGGAUGGGAGCGCAACUUGAAAUUUCAUGCUCUGCCAUAUAAAAUUUUUUAGGAUGAACAGCAAAGAACUCAAACCACCUCCCUUAAGUGUUGAAUUCCUUUUGCAUUUCAAACACCAUCCCGCCUCUUUCGGGUUGAAGUCUCACCCCAGGAUAUUAUAGGCAUUCAGUACAAGGAAAAGUGGAGCGAAGAACUUCUCUGUAACCCCGCAUUUUACUGCUCACUUGCUUCGAAAAUCGUCACUGAUGACAAACAGCUUAACACAUCAUAUCUCCCCCACCUCCUUCACGCAACCUCCGUUCUUCACCAUUUUGACCAGAGGGCUAUUGAUUAUAUUUCAGACAUCAAUGGGUGUGCUACAAAAACCCACAAGUGCAGCAAUGAAAAGGUCAUUUGCUUAAAUAGCAUAGGAUGAGACAUAGUUUGACGCUACUCUGGUUUGCAGAUUUAAUGAAUGUAACCGAAGAAGUUACGAUUCAUAGACCCAACGUUUCGACACUCCUGUCUAGUGCCUUCAUCAGGGUGAUCUAAACGCUGCAACAAGAAGUCCUUUUAUAUGAUCACUGAGGAUCCUGUCACGAAGGAACAACGAACCGACGUCAUUUAUUCUAUUUCUUGCAAUGACUGUGACAACGAAUACAUCAGACAGACCAAAUGUCAGUUUGGUACACGGUUAAAAAAGCACCAAAAAGCGGUUUUUCUUUGCAAGUGACGAUGGCGGUUUGCUUCCUGACGCCUAUUUACACUUCGUCAGAAAAAAGGCCGCUAAUUAGUGAUCAUAUAAAAGGACCUCUUGUUGCAGCGUUUAGAUCACCCCUGAUGAAGGCACUAGACAGGAGUGUCGAAACGUUGGGUCUAUGAAUCGUAACUUCUUCGGUUACAUUCAUUAAAUCUGCAAACCAGAGUAGCGUCAAACUAUGUCUGAUUGUCCACCUGGUUGCCGUGUGAACUUUAAUAUAGCAUAGGAUGAUUCGAGUGCAUUUUUAAACAUGGAUUCAGCGGGGAUAUACAUAGAUGUAUAGGAUUAACCUCUAGUAAAAACACACCUUUUAAUGUUUAAUCAUAAUGUGCUCCGAUUAUAACACCUAAGUUGGUUUUCUUUUGCACAUUAACUUGGUGGUGAUAAUAAUGAUCAUAAGAACGAUUCGAUGAUUUUCUUUUAGACAUCGAUGAGUGUGCUCUGAAUUCCCACAAGUGUAGCGAGAAUGCUAAUUGUACAAAUACUGAGGGAUCUUACAUCUGCUCUUGUAAUCCUGGAUUCAGCGGAAAUGGACUUGAAUGCGAAGGUAUAGUCCUGCAGAGCAUGACCUUUUCAGGCAGAAAAAAUUCCGUGUGUUUUCCUCUCUCCUUAACUGACUACGUCCCUAAAGGAUAUAAACAAUGCUACUCGAGGUACAAAAUGAGUUUUUCGUUUGCAAACUCAUUUCCUGAUUACGUGACAUAGCAUCUUUUAAGAGAAGUACGUUUACGGAUCUGUCCUGUGUGGUCAGAAAGAGUUUGAGCCUCCCUCCACGUGGAGGGGGGUUAAAAUUUUUUUUUCCCUUAAGACCACCCUGUCGUUUUCAGAUUGAAAUCCCAGUUUCCAUACCCUUUUUAUUGUUAUAUUUUAUCACUAUAAAUGAUACGAACUGCUUAUUAAAUUUCGGUUAUUGACGAGCGUGCUCGAAUUCUUAUCUUUCGGCAGGAGACGGGCCCCAGAUUCCUGAUUUUAAUUUUCCUAUAUUAUCAAAAAUGAAUGAGCUCGCAAUGUUAUACUUUUUUAUAAUAUACAUGAAAACCCCCCUUCUCCGAAUCGCUCCUUCCCUCCAUCCUCGAAUAUACUGGAAAUACCCACAAAUAUAACAAUUACAACGCCAUUAGAAGAAAUGACGAGAUAUCUAGUACCUGUAUCUUUCACCAAUUUCAUUCUGUACUUCAUACAUCGAAGAAUUUGCCAAAAUUACCUGCAACUGUAGCAGUUGAUUAUGCUGCUUGUGAAAGUUCGGGGGGAUCUUUCAAGUGCGUUUGUAAACCUGGAUUCAGUGGGGAUGGACAAAAUUGCACAGGUAAUGGAAUUCCUUCGUGCCACUAUGUCUCCCCAUAUCAAAAGCGAUUCAAACAAAGACCUGGUGUUUUUGUCUUUACGGUAAUAAACUAGCCCAAAUGAUUUCGUAGUUUUUGGUAGAAUUCAAAUUGCCUUUUAACAUCAAGAUCACACAUUUCCUAUCCCGAUAUAUAUAUAUUUUUUUUCUUUUCUUUUUUUUUUGCCUACAGAACUGUAUCAUCAAGUAUACUGUCAUUUCGAAGGUUUACAUUCAACUUCCUUCCCCCCCACCUAUUCAUUCUGCGACAUUCUGCCUCAAUAUAAACAAACGGUACGAUGUGUUGACUUCAUUUCAGACAUUGAUGAGUGCUUUGAAAAUACUCACAACUGUAGCAAAGGCAACGCAACCUGUACAAAUACCGAAGGAUCCUUCACUUGCUCUUGUAAUCCUGGAUUUACUGGGGAUGGAUACAACUGCACAGGUAAUACAAGUUAAUCAGCGCAAGUUUUCUGCCGUUUCAACAAGUAAAACGCACACAGCUUCCUGCAUCAAAGGCUAUUUCUUCUGUGACCAGACCUAUUAGUUAUUACAGUAUCAGAGGUGGCGUAUUUAGUUGAUUUCGUGCGGUUGAUAGUCCCAAUUUUAAUUUUACUUGUAUCAUUUUCUUUAGCUGGCAAUGGAUUACUUUCUUUACCGUCUUUUCUGCAUUCUUUUUGGAUGAGUACUCUAAACAUUCUCAGUUCUCAAUUCCUACUGUUAUUUUGAAGCUAUAUAGUGUUUCCCCCUACCUCCACAUUCUGCCUCAAGAUAAACAAAGAAGAAUUAUGAAUAUGGCGUUCAUCCCAUUUCAGACAUUGAUGAGUGCUAUAAAAGUACUCACAACUGUAGCAAGAGGAACGCCACUUGUGCAAAUACCGCGGGAUCAUUCAUCUGCUCUUGUAAGCCUGGAUUCACUGGAGACGGGCAGAACUGCGGAGGCGAAAUCCUUAAAAGUAUA